UACGGUAGAAUUCUCGCGAGCAAACUCGCCAAACCCGCGUUCUAAUCGACGGCCGCAGGCUUCGGUCAUUUGCUUUCUCCGCCUUCCCCGAUCACCAAAACCCUAAAGUUCUCCAAUCCACAAUCUCAUUGAUCGAUCUCCCUCCCUUGCAACCCAUGGCAGGAAGGGGCCGCUUCAUACCCAACCACAUCCUCCAACUUCGCGAUGUUCAGCGUCUGCCCUUAGGCCCCCAUCCCCAGGUUGUGCACAUCCUCGACGAACCUGCACUUCUCCGCCGACUCCCACCGCCUCCCGCCGCUUUCCCAUCCAUCAUCGCCCUCGAGGAACGCCUCGAGGAUCAGCUCCGCGAGAUUCACGUCCUUCUUGCCGACAACCAGCACCUCGCCGCCACACACGUCGCUCUAAAGCAGGAGCUCGACGCAUCCCAUGACGAGCUCCGCGUUGCCUCCGCUGCAGCUGCUAAGGUACGGAUGGAGCGGGACGCGGAUGUGCGUGAAGUGCUCGACCGAUCGUUAAAGGCUGACGCGGAGGCUCGUGAGGUUGAGGAGAUGCGGUCGGAGUUAAUGCGGGCAAGGACUGAAGUGCAGAAGCUUGGAGCUACGAGAAAUGAACUAUUGGAGCGGCUGCAGGGGCUUGAAGUGGAUGUUUCACGUGCGAGGGAGGAACUAGGGCAAGCAUCCGCUGUGAGGGCUGAGAUUGAGGCUAUGAGUAGGGAAAUCCAGAGGGGAAGAGCUGCAGUUGAAUAUGAGAAAAAAGCACGUGCUGAGAACCUACUACAAGGUCAGGAAAUGGAGAAAAGUAUGAUUUCCAUUGCUCGUGAGGUAGAAAAGCUGCGCGUUGAACUUGCCAAUGCAGAGAAAAGGGCGAGGGCAUCAGCUGCAGCUGCAGCUGUUGUUGCUGCAAACCCAAGUUUAGGAUACACUGACGCUUACAGAAAUAAUACUGGAUUGGCUUAUGGUGGAAAUGCCUAUGCUAUGGCCUAUAAUUUGCAUCAGGUUGCUGAUGUUACUAAACAGUAUGGUCAAGUCCCCGCAGCUCAUACAGGCUAUGAUAUUCAGCAGGCUCAUGUCACCAGAUGAAGACGGCGCACAUUGAUUGGAUAUGCUGGUCUGAAGUCUCCAGGUCCGGCUCUUUCAACCAUCUCUGAGAUCUAUAAAAUGUAUUUUUAUUUUUCUGAUAGAUGCCUUACAUCAAUAGUUUAUUUACUUGUUCUGAUUCGUAAUAAUGGUUCUACUUUAUAUUGCCAAGUGCAUUCAUGUGAUGGUGUUUGCGCUUUCUGCAUUUAGAGUUGUUCACUUCAGCGAUGAGUUAAUUUUCUUUUUAAUUU